AUGUCGCAACUGCUAUUAGGGGCCACCAUCAUACUCCUGGUGCUUGUCGGAAUAAUAAGCGCAGACAUCAUGGGUUUCGCAUUCUGGAAAGGCAAUCAAUUCCCUGUAGAGGGGAGAACGGUUCUGCUCACCGGUUCAUCCCAGGGGAUGGGUAGCGAGAUCGCUCGUCUCCUCUCAGCUCGCGGCGCAAACCUCAUCCUCGUCGCACGCACAGCGAAGAACCUCGAGACAGCCCUGGCACACGCAAAAUCCCAUGCAAAGAACCCCGCCGCCCAACGCUUCACUUAUAUCGCCGCCGACGUAACCUCCGAGACUGAGAACGCCAGGAUACUCAAGGAAGCAACGGCCUGGAACAAUGGACGUAUGCCGGAGAUCGUUUGGUGUAUCGCGGGGUCCUCGGUACCGGGCCUGUUUAUCGAGACGAGCACCGAGACGCUGAGAAGACAGAUGGAACUCAACUAUUUCGCUUCGGCAUACAUGGCACACAAGACACUCCAGGCGUGGUUCUAUCCCGAAGUGCCGUACAAGUCGCAAGAAAAGAGUUCUGCACCAGAACCACCUCGCAAGUUCAUCAUGACCUCGUCCGCGCUCGCCUUCAUGAACAUAGCAGGCUACUCCGCCUACUCCCCCGCCAAAGCCGCUAUCCGCUCCCUUGCCGACGGCCUCCGUUCAGAGGUACAACUCUACAACGCAGCGCGUCGCUCCAAGACGGGCACCACUGGCACCACGCCCGCACCUUUCGACGUCGACAUACAUGUCGUCUUUCCAGGCAGUAUACUAUCUCCUGGCUUCGAAAACGAGAACAAGACCAAGCAUCCCGUGAGCUUCGAGCUAGAGUCUUCAGAUCCCAAGCAGACUGAGCUGGAAGCUGCGACGGCAGCCAUCAAAGGACUUGAAGGAGGCGACUUCAUGACGCCUACGAAUUGUCACAUGACACAUCCCCGCACUCCAUCCACAGCUCGUGCUUCCAUACAUUACGCAGUUUUCCGCCUCAUCCUUCGCAACAUGAGCAGCCACAUAAGCAACCCUUCUUCCAGAGUUGAGCUCGUUGAAGAUGUAAAGCGAAUUGUACUAGGUUAUCUUUCACUCUACACUGAUCUACAGGCGCUUUGCCUGACUUCAAAGAGCUGGAAUCGCAUCGCCACAGAGUACUUGUACAGGAAGGUUGUGCUCGAAGCUCGUGCUCAUGAUGGCCAACUGGCUCUAUUCCGUCAAUGUGUUGAUUCUGGUGCACGAAGGCACUUGGUACACACACGAAGCUUGAGUCUACUCAAUUUACUGCCAUGGGAGUUUGGAUUCGUCUCAUCUGCGGAUCGUCCGAUGGAUGAAGCAACCAGAAACACUUUGAUGUCAGGGAUUCUGCAAGAUAUCCCCUCCAACAAGCUCCGAGAGUUCCGUUACGUUGCUUGGAACUAUGAUGGUAUGUACCCGAGCCUGGUAAGUCUCCUCAAAGAGCACCAACAGUCUAUCGACAGUCUGCACGUGUUGCGUGGUGACUCCCGCAAGCUCAUAUCCCCGAAAACGCGUCGCGUUACUGUUGCUUUCCGCGGACAAAACGACCAGACACAUAAGUUUGUGCAGUUUGCUCUAGCACUACCUACGCUCGAUUCGCUUUCGAUACUUUUCCUGGAGGGAUGGACCCUGGAAGUUCAUAGAUACUGGGGCGAUGGUGACAACAUUAGUGCAUUUGGAGACCGGAAGAUUGUAGCGCGCACUCUCAUGCUUGAUGGUUGCAUGCCUGACACGUUCGAUGCUGCCCUCCCUUACGUCUUCGAUUUGUCGCGAGUGACUAAGCUAGCUCUCUCAGGCUGCAAAUUGGAUCUACUGCGACAUCUAUCCAGCUCAUGCGAACUACGGAACCUCACAGACUUCGAAAUACGGACCCCAGAACAUUUCGAUGAAACUGCAGGCGAGAACGCAAGAGCGCUGUUUUUGAAUAAUCAAAGUCUUCAGCACCUCCGUCUCCACAUCAAUGGCCUUCACAGUGUAUCUCUGGACCCCCAGGAUAUAGCAGAUGACACACCCUAUGAUACACCAGAUGCCAUACCCUAUCUGUGGCCGCUGCACCCCAGGCUCAAGACGCUUUCACUGUUAGAUCUAUAUCGUGAGGGGGAUAACGAGCACUUUCCAUUUAUAGUUGAACCAGAGCUUCAACAGAUAUGCAGUCACUUUAGCGCCUUGGAACAACUCGGUUUGUGUUUCUAUGACUUCGAUAUCCCUAGAAGUGAGGCAGAGAAAAGGUUUUCCUACGUAAUCAAGAUUCUGGAACCAAUCGAAAGACUCAAGAAUCUCAAGAUCCUACAUCUUUACCAGGACCGAGUUAGAACUGUUCGUCCACCCACUCCUCAUGUGCAUAUUUGCGAAAUUCAUCAAGAGUUCGCUACACGGUUCUUCCAAUGGGCGCAUCAUCGAUGUCCCUUACUUGAGGUUCUCAUAUGGGGUACUUAUGAAGAGAACUUGAACCAAGAGGCGUGGCAGGUGACUGAGGAUGCAAAGCAAGGACGAGAUACUUCUGACUGCGGCGUAGACCGUGCCCCACAACAGUGCUUCGUGAAGAAGUUGGUAGAGCUAGAAGGCGGUACUUCCCAGAUCGCAGGAGCGAGUAGGGUCACCCGGAGUCGAAUUCGAGAUGACUUCCCGGAACUGCAAAUACUGAGCUACGAGACCAGCAGACAUAUCGAAACUCGCCUGGCGGAUGAAGCC